CUCCAAGGAGGCAAAUAUGAUGAUAUCUCUACUCUGCUCCAUUUAACACCGAAUUAAUGUCUGCAACUACAAACAGGGCUGUGGAGAAACUACCGCAAGAUAAUAUCUCGGGGACCAGAUUAUGGUCCCUCGCAGGCUCUUCAAGGACCCCUGAUGGACCGACGAGGCAGCAGUAAAAACGUACAGGGGCAUCACCGAGUAAAAGGCCCUUUUCACCGCCCCUGUGGAGCUGCCAUAUCAUCAAAGUUUGUCGGGCAGGACUGUGCGCCAGCCCGAAGCUCCGGCUGGAGGAGAGAAAUCACUGCCCCCAGAGCCAAGAAGACACCGGAGAGAGGCUGGAUUUAAAACCCGCCCUCCGGAGGGAUCUCGUUUCCCCCCCAAAAAAACCUCCCAUUUUCUCUCUCUCUCUUUCUCUCCCACUCUUCUCUCUCUGUCUCUCUCUCCCUCUCUCUUCCUUUACCUUUAUCCCUCGCCUUUCGCCGUUUCCCCCACCACAAUAAUGGAUCUCACGGCGAGAUGUUGGUUUCUCCUAUCCUGUCUCGGCGUGACAUUGGCGAUCGAUUUGGACGCGAUUGAUCCGGGCUACUAUGUGGACCCCACUGCCACAUCAGAGGCGAUCGACUAUAAGGAUCCCUGUAAAGCUGCUGCCUUUCUGGGAGACAUUGCUCUGGACGAGGAGGACCUGCGAAUGUUUAAAGUGGACAGAAUAAUAGAUGUGGCCCAGAGAACCGUCCAGAUUGUUAAUCACACAGACACAGGAGCCACCAAUCAGAGCAGCCAGAAUAGGCAAGGCUCGCACCGCAGGAAAAGGGCCGCCACCUCCAGACCUGAACGUGUUUGGCCUGAAGGUGUUAUUCCCUAUGUCAUCAGUGGUAACUUUAGUGGCAGCCAGCGGGCUAUAUUCCGCCAAGCCAUGCGGCACUGGGAGAAGCACACCUGUGUGACCUUUAUUGAGAGGACGCAGGAGGAGAGCUAUAUUGUCUUCACCUACCGACCAUGUGGGUGCUGCUCCUAUGUGGGUCGUCGCGGAGGGGGCCCCCAGGCCAUCUCCAUUGGGAAAAACUGCGACAAGUUUGGCAUCGUGGUGCACGAGUUGGGUCAUGUGAUCGGAUUCUGGCACGAACACACGCGGCCUGACCGAGACGAACACGUCAGCAUUAUCAGGGACAACAUUCAGCCAGGACAGGAGUAUAACUUUCUGAAGAUGGAGCCGGGUGAGGUGGACUCUCUGGGAGAAGUCUAUGACUUUGACAGUAUCAUGCAUUAUGCCAGGAAUACAUUCUCCAGAGGAAUCUUCCUGGACACCAUCCUGCCACGCUACGAUGUGAACGGAGUGCGGCCACCCAUUGGCCAGAGAACCAGACUGAGCAAAGGGGAUAUCGCACAGGCACGCAAACUCUACAAAUGCUCCAGAUGCGGGGACAGUCUGCAGGACAGCAGCGGCAACUUCUCCUCUCCUGGCUUCCCCAAUGGGUACUCGGCCUACAUGCACUGCAUCUGGAGAAUAUCAGUCACACCAGGGGAAAAGAUCAUUCUCAACUUCACCUCCAUGGAUCUGUACAGGAGUCACUUGUGUUGGUACGACCACGUGGAAAUCCGAGAUGGAUACUGGAGGAAGGCGCCGCUCAAAGGUCGUUUCUGUGGUGAUAAGCUGCCUGAGCCAAUCAUCUCCACCGACAGCCGACUGUGGAUUGAGUUCCGCAGCAGCAGUAACUGGGUGGGAAAAGGCUUCUCCGCUGUUUACGAGGCCAUAUGUGGUGGCGAGGUGAAGAAGGACAACGGCCAGAUCCAGUCCCCCAACUACCCCGAUGACUACAGGCCCAACAAAGUGUGUGUGUGGAAGAUCACUGUAGCUCAGGGCUACCACGUAGGCCUGACCUUCCAGUCUUUUGAGAUUGAGAGACAUGACAGUUGUGCCUACGACUACCUGGAGGUGCGCGAUGGAAACUCUGAAAACAGCCCCCUGCUGGGCCGCUUCUGUGGCUACGACAAACCAGAUGACAUCAAAACCAGCUCCAACCAGCUGUGGAUGAAAUUUGUUUCAGAUGGCUCUGUCAACAAGGCCGGCUUUGCUGCCAACUUCUUCAAAGAGAUGGAUGAGUGCUCCAAGCCGGACAACGGUCGCUGUGAGCAACGCUGUGUCAACACGCUAGGCAGCUACAAGUGUGCCUGUGACCCAGGCUAUGAGCUGGCUGCUGACAAGCGCAGCUGUGAGGCUGCCUGCGGAGGCUUCAUCACCAAGCUGAAUGGGUCAAUCACCAGCCCCGGCUGGCCCAGAGAGUACCCCCCAAACAAGAACUGCAUCUGGCAGCUGGUCGCUCCCACCCAGUACCGCAUCACUCUGCUCUUUGACGUCUUCGAGACUGAGGGCAAUGACGUUUGCAAGUACGACUACGUGGAGGUGCGCAGUGGCCUGUCGGCUGACUCGAGGCUACAUGGGAAGUUCUGCGGGGCAGAGAAACCAGAAGCUAUCACCUCCCAGUACAACAACAUGCGCAUUGAGUUCAAAUCAGACAAUACAGUGUCCAAGAAGGGCUUUAAAGCGCAGUUCUUCUCAGACAAAGAUGAGUGCUCCAAGGAGAACGGUGGCUGUCAACAUGAGUGUGUCAACACGUUUGGGAGCUACAGCUGUCAGUGCAGGAGCGGCUUCGUGCUGCAUGAGAACAAACACGACUGUAAAGAAGCUGGCUGUGAUCACACUGUGAAUAGUGUGAGCGGCACCAUCACCAGCCCCAAUUGGCCGGAUAAAUACCCCAGCAAGAAGGCGUGCACCUGGGCACUCACCACCACUCCGGGCCACCGCAUCAAAAUCGCCUUCAAUGAGAUCGACAUGGAGGCCCACCUGGAGUGCGCUUAUGACCACAUUGAGCUUUACGACGGGCGUGACGGAAAAGCUCCCAGCCUGGGUCGCUUCUGUGGCACCAAGAAGCCUCCACCCAUCACGUCCAGCGGCAACAAGCUGUUCAUUCGCUUCUUCUCUGACAACUCUGUGCAGAAGAAAGGAUUCGAGGCGUCCCAUACUGCAGAGUGUGGCGGCCGCCUGAAGGCCGAGGUCAAAACCAAGGACCUGUUCUCACACGCGCAGUUCGGGGACAACAACUACCCCGGAGCCUCCGACUGUCAGUGGGUGAUCUCGGCGGAGAAAGGCUACGGCGUGGAGCUCAUCUUCCAGACCUUUGAGAUCGAGGAGGAAGCGGACUGCGGCUACGACUACAUGGAGCUCUUCGACGGAGCCGACACCAAGUCUCCACGGCUGGGGCGUUACUGUGGCUCAGGGCCUCCAGAGGAGAUCUACUCGGCCGGUGACUCAAUUGUGAUCAAGUUCCGCUCUGACGACACAAUCAACAAGAAAGGAUUUCACGUCCGCUACACCAGCACCAAGUUCCAGGACACACUGCACUCACGCAAGUGACCAGCGGGGGCCGGAAGGGGCCGUGCAGGGCAAAGGGGCAAACGGAGGGGCCCCCAGGGGAGGCGCCAGCCUGACGCUCGGAAACCUUCGGCCACCAAGAUGAAUCAGACACGACAGAACAGCCGCAAGACCACCAACCGCACCUCAGCUCCUAGGGGCUCUAGCUCCCCCCACAGACUGUGAGGAGUAAAGCCAUUCUGCAGUACACCUUGUUUUUACCUUUUUAUGGUUAGGAUUGGGGUGGGAGGAUGAACGUCCACUUUAGCCGGACAGUAGGGGAAAAUUUAUUGACCCAGUCCCCGCCAGAUAUUUUUUGGUUUCUUUCUUUUUUUUUAAAAAAAAAAAAACAUGCCUCCUAAUGAGAGGCACAAAGGAAAACAGUGGAUUCUCAGGACCUGUAGGAAGGCAGGCAUCAGCUGGAUAGAUCCCUGCUUUUGUCGGGCCAGCCCACCACAUCCAGGGAGAGGAGAGGAAGAGGAGGAGGAGUAUGGGAAGGUCUCCUGCACUCCUCGAUAUUUGCUCUCCUCUCCUCACACUCUCGUCCCUUUGGUUCAAGGAUUCCUAUCUGUAAGAGGAUUAGACGGACUUGACUUGAGAUUUUGAUACUGUAUGUCAGUCAAUUGCAUGUAAUUACAAGGAAAGAAAGAAAACUGUACAGUGACAACACCAGCAUUUGUAAUUGGCAUUGUCCUGGCAACCAGUGGCAAGAUUCUCGUUGUUACCAUUAACAAGGAAAUUAAGGAAGCAGUUAUCUUAUUAAAGGACUAAUAAAUGAAUUGUGGUCCAUGUCUUCUGGUUGGUAAUUGCUUGCCUGAUGACUGGCAUUUACUGUACCUCCAUGUAUAAAGUAAUGUGUAUGAUCUUUCAAAGGGAACAUGUGCUUUUCUCAACUCGAACCAGUUAGCACUUUACAGUGAAUUGUUCCAAAAUCAUGAGCUUAUGAGUUUUUGUGAAAUGCGAUGCCAGUUCACUUAUUUUUAAAUGCAUUUUAUCUCUCAUUCUUUUUGUUUUUCUUUUUGUUUGAAAUUGCUCCAUUUAGUUCCUCGGGCAUACUUGAACAUUGUGUGUGCCCUGUGACCGGGGGCAAUGACUUAUGUUUCAGUGUUGAUUUACAGUUCUGAUGUAAAAUAAUUUCUCUGCAGAGAAAAUGCCUUUUCUUGGUACAAUGAAGUAUUUCUCAAGAACCAAAUGAGCCUGGGUAUUUAUUGUUAUAGUAAUUACAUAUAUAAUGUAAAGGUGGAAAGGUACUGUUGAAAUUAGCCCUAUAAUUGCCUUCUAAUGUGUAGCCAUUGGUCUAUGUUGAAUAUACUAUGUUGCUCACUC